AAGCUUUAAAAUAAAUGAACAGCUUUUGAACAAAAAUAUAAAAUUUUUUAAUCAAUUUAGUAAUGAAACUCUCAAGGAAUUAUUAAAUACGAAAUUCAAAACAACCGUAAAUUCUCAUUUAACAUUGAUGACUCAGUUGUUAGAAGAUUUAGAUGAAGAAUACGAUAUAUUAAUAUCAUCCAUAACCUUAGCUAAACACAACAUAUUACAUCCAAAAGUCAUAAGUCCAAAGGACCUUCUUAACGAAUUAUCUAAUGUUAAACUGGUUAAUGGUUUACACUUUCCUCUCUCAAUAUCUUAUUCUACUAUCCAUAAAUAUUUUGAAAUUAGUAAACUACAAGUUUUACUUUCUGGAACAAUUUUAAUUUUUGGUAUUUCUAUACCACUGGUAGAAGAAUUAAACUAUAAUCUAUUCAAAUUACUUCCUUUACCCGUUUCACAUAGUUCAUCUAACCUUUAUUCUUAUAUUGAACCUACCAUUCCUUAUCUUCUUAUAAGUACUAGUAAGGUAUAUUACGUGGCGAUGCGGGAUCUAUCAACUUGUACGAAGACCACCGAAGAUGAAUACAUAUGUAAGAACUCCCAAGCUAUAAGAGUUCAAGAACAUCCUGUAUGUGAAGUGUUUCUGUAUGUCUCCAUAAUUAAGAAAAUCCCAGAGGAUUGUCUAGCCAAAACAGUAAAAGCAAAUUUUGAAAUAUGGCAUCCCCUAGAGAAGAACACGUGGUUAUUCCUUAUGUCGAAUCCAACACCUUUAACAUUAUCUUGCCAGGAUUCUCAAAUAGAAGAUAUAGAGAUUAAAUCUAGUGGACUUUUAAGUAUUGAACCAUUUUGCAAGGGUUACACUCAAACAAUAACUUUACAAGCUUUCAGUGUGACUACUCGUAAUGUUAGCUACUAUACUCCAGAUUAUAAUAUUGUGCUAGACGACUGUUGUUUGAAGAAGGAAAUUAAACUUAACAUAACCCCAUUAGAUCUUGAGCCAGUGAAGAUAACAAAUUUAAAAUUGGAUGAACUGAACUUCGCUAAUCACAAGCUGAACCAGUUGGACGAUCUUUUAGACAUACAAUUGAAGAAACCAUUUAUUGUGCAACAUUCACACUGGUAUACUGUUGGACUAUCAGCAAUUGGUUCAAUUGUAACGAUCAUCUUAUUGUAUAAUAUUCUAAAAUGGUGUGGACUGUUCAACCUGCUAAGAAGAUUACUAUGCUGUACCAAGGAGCCCAGGACCCUCUCUGAAGGCCCAAUUCGAACAAAUAUUGGAAGAAGAAGCUGGAAGAAGUGGACUCCCAAGUAAUCGUUCAGCCGUGGAAUUUUUAAACUUAAGUGGUCGACGCUCGACUAGAACACCAUCGGUUCAUAUGGACUAAUUAAAGACUAAAAUGUUCAGUGUAUUUUUACUUUUUUUUAUUUUUUUUUCUCAAACUUUUACUCUUAGAAUAGUGUAGUUAUUGUGUGUAUUGUUUAUUGUUUAAUUUGACGAUUUUUGUUCUCUUAAUUUUUUUUGUUAUGGAAAAAAAUUUUCUUAGGGGGGAGGUGUUAUAAUCCCGUCCUCAUUUUAAUCAAAUUUGUAAUAUUAGUUUAGGAAUGUCCCAUCUCUAAUAAAAACCUUCAUACCUUUGAGGUCAUAAACGACCCUACAAUAUAAUUCUAAUUGAUAACUUUAACUAUUACUGUUGGGAAUUUUGAUCAUAAAUUUAUAUAGCUUUCGCAGACGUCUGUCUAUCUGAACAAUGUAAGUUUAGGGCAGUGUCGUCCACUGCUCUGAAUAUUAGAUUAAGGAUAUAUAAAUUGUACUGUACGCCUCUGGCAUUUCUGUAGCUUAGAUAUUAUUUAAGGAACUGCAAGACAGGCCCUCACAUCUCUUUUGCUAAAACCCUGUUUCAGUCACAUACUUCUUUUGCUCAACACUCUUUUACUUUUGCUCUUCAACUCUCUUUUUACUCUUCAACACGUUAUUAUUUUUCACAGUUUCCCUCAGAGUAACUAUUGUAAUUAGUUUAUCAUAAUUAAAGUUAAGUUAUAUUAAAAAACAACAGUGUACAUUAAUUCCACACCCGAAAAGACCCUCAACAAGUUGGCCCUUCUGAAGAGGACCA